CCCACUCUCACUUCAAUUCAAUCACACUUUAACGCCCCACCCACUCCACACACCUCUUUUUAUUUCGAUUCCACUCUGUUCCAACCAAAACAGAGGCCUUUUUCUUCACAAACAGUUACUUUCCUCAACUGGGCCGCUGUUUCUUCCACUCAUGUCAUUGACUUUGGAUCCCAAAGUCAGCCACAAACCCCAGUAACCAAAGGAGGGUCAAUUUUAGAAUCAUGGUUCGUACCUCACACACCCCAAGAAAAAAAAUCUGAUUUUUCCAUCAUGGAGGCGUUCUUUUCUGAUUAGAUUAGAAAUUAGAAAAGAGUUUGCAGCAUUCCUCCUCUACCAAAUUUUAUUAGUUGCAAGCCGACGACCCAACCUAUUGUGCUAGUGUUUGGUUACAUCAUUGUCCAACAUGGUUCACGUCAAAAAUAAAAAAUAAAAGCAAAAAGGAACCCGGUCUUGUCAUUAUUAUCGAUACAACUUCCACCAUGCUCUUCACUGCUCUCUGGAGAACUCCAAAGCUCCUCUCGCUCUAAACCGCAAACUGCACUUCCUGCGACCUUGUUCGAUUGUCUCAACUUAAUUUCAUUCACAAAAUGUCGGUCUCAAACAAGUUGAUUAGAGGCGUUAUCCUUGACUUGGACGGCACGUUGGUCAACACAGAUGGCAUCGUAGGCAACGUUUUGAAGCUUUUGUUAGGUAAGUACGAAAAGGAAUGGGACGGAAGAGAAGCUCAGAAAAUCAUAGGGACGACGCCGUUUGAAGCUGCUGCUGCGAUUGUGCAAGAUUAUGGACUUCCCUGCUCCACGCUAGAAUUUCUCUCUCAAAUUUCGCCACUUUUCUCUGACCAGUGGUGCAACAUUAAAGAACUUCCUGGUGCUAAUCGGUUGAUUAAACAUUUGAAGUGUCAUGGAGUUCCAAUGGCCUUGGCAUCAAACUCUCCAAGGGAAAGCAUUGAAGCCAAAAUUUCCUAUCAUGAUGGAUGGAAGAAUUCUUUCUCUGUUAUAAUUGGUGGAGAUGAAGUAAGAACAGCAAAACCGUCCCCUGAAAUAUUCCUUGAAGCUGCUAGGAGGUUAAGCGUGGAGCCUUCCAGUUGUCUUGUCAUUGAAGACUCUUUACCUGGGGUUACUGCAGGUAAGACUGCUGAAAUGGAAGUAGUUGCUGUACCAUCAGUUCCAAAACAGUCACAUCUCUAUACUGCAGCAGAUGAGGUUAUCAAUUCCCUACUUGAUUUGCAACUCGAAAAGUGGGGUCUGCCUCCAUUUGAAGAUUGGGUGGAGGGAACUUUGCCCUUAGAUCCUUGGUAUAUUGGUGGUCCUGUUGUCAAGGGAUUUGGUCGUGGCUCGAAGGUACUUGGGAUCCCUACAGCCAAUUUAUCAACAAAGGGCUAUUCAGAUCUCCUUUCAGAGCAUCCUUCAGGAGUUUAUUUUGGUUGGGCUGGAUUAUCAGGAAGAGGUGUUUUUAAAAUGGUGAUGAGCAUUGGUUGGAAUCCAUAUUUCAACAACAAAGAAAAGACUAUAGAACCCUGGCUACUUCAUGACUUUAAAGAGGAUUUCUACGGGGAAGAACUGCGACUAGUUAUAGUUGGUUACAUACGUCCUGAGGUCAAUUUUCCUUCCCUUGAAAGCUUGAUAGCUAAAAUUCAUGAAGAUCGCAGAGUUGCUGAGAGGGCUCUUGAUCUUCCCUUGUAUUCAAGUUUUAAGAAUGAUUCGUAUUUGUCUAUUUGAGAAGCAGCUCUUGUACAAUUAUUUUGAUCCCAAUGUUUCUUGUCGAAGAAACCCCUGUUGUUAAUUGUUGUUAAACACAUAAUCCAGAUAUUCAACUCAAAAGCAGUUUGCAUAUUAUAUCCAAUGAUUCAUAAUCAUCACAAUGCAAUGCGAUUUGGAACAUC